AUGAGUAGCUAUCAUGGCUCUGUGCCCCAAGAGAUCCGACCUGGUACAGCAAGGGUCCUGGUGACUGAGCUGAGUGGAUCAGGCAACAUCAACCCAACUCCUGCCAUGAAACCCUGUGAAGACUCUGACACUGCAGUGGAGCUUUACCUCUCUCCACAAAAGCUGAAAUCCCUGUGUGGAACUUCGGACCUCUCCCAGGUGACCUCGCUGGAGAUCUGCGUAGACACACAAGAAAACCCACUGGGUAACUUUGGUGCCUACCUGCCCAAGCUGGUGCAGCUCAAAAUGAACAACAGCACGAUCUUGUCAGUAAGAGACCUGGGAACCACCCUGUUCCACCUGCAGGUGCUAUGGAUGUCUCGCUGCUGCCUACAAGACCUAGAUGGCAUUUCAACUCUCUCCUCUCUCAAGGAGUUGUACUUGGCCUAUAACAGUGUGUCAGACCUGAGUCAGGUUGGCAUGCUGGAGAACCUGCAGCUGUUAGAUCUGGAGGGAAAUGAUGUUGACGACCUGGUCCAGGUUCAGUACCUGGGGUUGUGUAACAAACUCCGGACCCUCACCCUGGGGGGGAACCCUGUGUGUAUACGCCCAAACCCCACUGCAACCCAGACGACUGACUAUAGUUAUCGGGCUGCAGUGAGGGAGUUGGUCCCUCAGCUAAGUUACCUAGACGAUGUAAGGGUGGAGGACGAUGGGCUGGGCUCCAGCAGCAACAUGGGAGAAGACUGGGCCAUUCUCCGAAACUCCAUCCGAGACUGCAACUCCUCUCAGGCUGCUACUGAGGACGAGGAGACAGCAGACAGUGCAUGUCCUUAUAGCAGACCCAGUUCUGCCAGACGCCCAUCUUCCAGCAUCUUGCCCCUCUCAUCAGCAGGCUCCAGACCCCUCACUGGCUCCAGACCCAUGUCAGUGACCAGGCCUGGAGUUCUCUCCCCUUCUGGAUCCAGACCUGGCUCUGCAGACUCAGACUUAGCAGCAGUGGAAGCAGACACCAGCAUCCUGACACAUGGGGCCGGCAAGAUCCUGUUCUGUGGAAACCCUGUCCAGGCUAUUCGAGCAAGGCGAGAAAAGUUGAGGACGGCACCCACCAGGUCUACUUUCACACCCCGUGACCUGCCCAUCCAUGUACCAGAACACACAUAUGACCUUGAGGAGACUAAUGUGAAAGAGCGUAGUGAUUUGUUUGCUGAACUUAGAGCUUGGAGGGAGCAGCACAGCAGGCGUCUCCAGGAAAUAAAGAGAGAAAGAUUACCGCAAGUACUGGCUAUUCAGCAUAAUGAUGAGGAAGGUGGUGAGGAAGAGGAUGAUGAAGAGGAAUGUUUUGACCUGCUUAACAGAGAAGCCUUAUCCCCUGAUGUGGCUCGACUGUCCUUGUCUCCAGACACCACACUUUCUCCUUCUCCCCCUCUCAGUGCCACAGAAGCUUCUGGUAAUCGGAAGCUACCCGGAAUCCGUGCACGGAGGCUUCGACUCAGCCAGGCCACUUCAGAACGCUUGCCUUAUACCAGCAGUGUAGGGCGCCCCCCUGGGAUUUGUACAAGUACAGCAGACGCAGACCUGACACUCAAGAGCGUCCAGCAGGUGAAGAGGACCAAAGUGCCUCUACUACCAUCGCCUGCACAUACACCUCACCCACCUACAACCAUGGAGGGUGGAGUGCACAUGGAUUCAUGUGCGAAGAUGGACGUACUUAGUGUAAAGGCUGGCAACAAGCAUCAGAUGUCCAAACUCCUGGACAGACCAGCAAUUACUCGCCCUCACACAGCCAGGGCAGCUCUACAGAAACAUCACCAGCACUCCAUUUUCCAACCCUGCAGAGAGAGUUCACACCCAGACUGACACCAGAAUGGGCUCACGUU